AUGGAAAAGACGACAAAGAGGCCACGAGGCUCCCUAACACAUUUACUGGACACUCGAUACAACAACAAACAGAAGGAAAAGGAAAUAAAAUUAUUUGAAAAUAUCAAAACGGACAUCAGCAUUAUCAUCAGCGAGCAACUGAAGAAGCGAUCGAAAACAGAGUUCGAAUUGAAUAAUAUAGAGAAAAAAUUUUCUUAUUUAAAAUGCAUGUCGGAAGAUUUGGAGAGACUGAUAAAGGAAGGGAACAGGGAGUUAAAAGUGGAAGAAGAGUUAAUUAAAAAUUACUUCGAUUACACGACGACGAAUCUGAGUUAUGUUUUUAUCAAAUAUGAAAACAUCAUUAGUGAUCUGAGUGACCAGAAUGGAAACAUGAAUGUGAAAUUAAAAAAUAUAAAAGAAAAUGAGUUAACCAAUUUUGACAGAGCAUACGAAUUGCUUGUGGAGAAGACAGGCCAACUUACGACCACAAAGGAAAACAUCAUAAGUAUGCAAAAAGGAGUGCAAAGUUUGAAAAAAGAAUAUGAGCAUGUUCAGGCAGAAAUAGAGAUAAAAAGGGAAGAAAAAAAUCAAGUGGAACUUAAAUACAAGGAACUGAUCUCCAGGAUAGAAGAAUAUAAAAAAGAAUUCGAAAUGAUAAAGGAGAAGUGUAACUCCCAAAUGAAUGAGAAGAAACAGAGUUCGAUCGAUUUAAACAAAAUUGAGGAGCAAAUGGAAGAAAUGCAAAAGGAAAUCUCCAAUCUGUCCAACGAAAGGAAGAUAAAAAAGGAUGAACUACAAAGUUUGAAAGACGAGAAUGAAAUCAUCUUAAACGAUCUGUAUCGGAUUAAUUCUGAUAUUAAUGACAAAUGUGACCUGCUAUCUGCGCAGAUAAACGAGUUAGAAAAUGAAGUAACCGCCAUGGAGGUGGAGAAAAAUGAACUCAGCGAAAGUUACAAACAAUUGGAGGUAGGACUGACUAAUGUAUCCCAAUCUUGUGAGGAAAGCAAAAGAGAAAACGAGCAGGAGUCUCUCCUCAUCAAAGAAUUAAGUGAUGAGCUAAUCAGAAAGAAAAGCAAUUUGAAGCAAACACAAGAGCAAUUUUCACAGAUAAGUGACCAAUGCAAUGCUGUCAAAAAGAAAAAUGCAGAGCUGCGAGAUAGUUACGACAAUGUCCACAGAAGGAUAGAGGCGCUAGCCCUAUCUAUCACUCAAUGUCGUGCUACGCUGCAGGGACACGAAACGGAAUUGGUACACUUAGAGAAUGUCAAGUUGGAAAAUGAAAAAACCAAGGAAGAAAUUCUAAACGGUAUGGAAAACUCAGAAAAGUUACUCCUUGAACAGAAAGAUUUUUUUUUCAAAUUGUCAAAACUUUUGCAGCUAGUAAAUUUGUCCAACGAACAGCUAGUCAAUUUAAAGCGCGAGACGGAGGAGGGGCCCGAUAUAAAUGAUGUGCACAGGAUCUACGAGGAAUUAAAAGAACACUUAACGAAAUUGUCCUCUGAUCUAUACGAGAAAGAGGAGAUGCAGAAGUCGCUCCAAAAAGAGAUGGACGAUAGUGCAAACCGGGUUAGCGAACGGGAGGAAGAAAUUAAGAGUCUGACAAAUGAGCAGGCUGAUUUGCACCACCGAUUAGAGAUGGUCACCAAAAAAGUAGGGACUCUUCAUCUAGAAUUGGUAAAACAGGAAACAACUUCGGAGGCUAAAAUAAAUGAGACGAAAGAUCUGCUGACACAGAAGUAUGAUCAGUUGGUUGAAUCGAUCGCUUCCCAGAUUAAGAACAAGCAGGAUGAACACAACAAUUUUGUUAAGCAGGGCGAAAUGGAAAAGCUCGAUUUCGACUUUCAGUUAUUUCGCUCCGAGUUGACAGCCACCCUGGAACAGGAGUGUGAACGGAAGAGGCGCCAGAUCGCCGAGAAGGACGCGCAGCUGAAGGCAUACCAGGAGAGGUACACCUCGUUGAAGGGAAUCUGA